AUGUGGCAGAAGCGGAGGGCGCGGUUCCUAGUCGAGCUGGCGUUAUUUAUUGCGCCAUCUCCACAAAGAAUGCAAGCUUUGUACACAAGUCAACCACGAGUUUGCGACCGAGAACAGCCCCGACCAGGAGCCCCAAACUCCGCUCGUGCGCUAUCUAUGAACGCCCCCCUAUGGUCACGAAGUAAUCACACGAUGGACAAAUUCGUGCUAAAUGGACCUAAAGACACUUCGGGGAUCCCGCAUAAACCCGUCGGAAAACUACUGGUGGACGCUUUUAGUACUUUUGACAAAAAUGUCAUCGCUGUGGUGAAUCCCACCACCGGGACUUCCCUCACGUACCCACAGUUGUGCCAAAUGGGUAAAAAUUUAGCAACGAGUCUCCGACUUUUGGGAUUAUCAGACGACGAUGUGGUUGGACUGGUGGCUGAAAACUCUGCAGAGUUCUUGGUUGCGUAUUUAGCAGGUUUAUUUAUCGCAGCACCGGUGCAUCUAAUCAACCCUAAGUACACACCCUACGAAUUAAAUCACAUUUUGGGUUUAUCCGAACCCAGUGUGUUAAUUUGUACGAAAAAAUCCCACCGCAGUGUUCGAGAGGUUGCAAAAGAUUUGGACUACAUUAAAACGCUAAUUUGUUUGGACGUGGAAAAAAUGUUGUCGGCAUGCUCACACGAAAGUGACUUUCAAGUCGAAGACAAUGUCGACCCUGAAGAACAUAUCGCAGUGAUUUGCAACUCGUCGGGAACCACCGGUUUGCCGAAAGGCGUCACGAUUAACCACGAGAUGUUGCGAUUGCACUUCAGCAACGGAAGAACCCCGGAAUUCCUUGGAAUGAAAACUGGAGACAAGUAUCCUCUAAUUCUGCCUUUUUUCCACAUUUAUGGCUUGAGUAUUAUUAACGCUGCUCUGUUUAAUGGAGCAACCAUAAUACCAUUUGACUCUUUCGAGCCGGAUUUUUUUCUCAAAACAAUCCAAAAUCAUAAAAUAGAGGCGCUCUUUUUGGUGCCAACUUUGAUUAACUUUUUCGCUAAAAGCCCGUUAGUGGAAAAAUACGAUUUGUCGAGCGUGAAACGUGUCUUCUGUGGAGGAAAUUGUCUGGCUGAAGAAGACGUGAUUCAGUUGCAAAACAGGUUGAGUCUGCAAACACUGCAAAACGGUUACGGAAUGAGUGAAGCAACUAUAAUUUCAUCCAGCAUUAACAACCCCAACAGCAUUGGCAAAGUUCUUUGCGGUUAUCAAAUGAAAGUCGUUGAUUUGGAAAAAGGACACGCUCUUCCUCCUUUUCAACGAGGAGAACUUUGCAUUAAAGGUCAGAUUAUGAAAGGAUAUCUGAAAAAUGUUGAAAAAACCAACGAAAUAAUCGACUCGGAAGGAUUUCUUCAUAGCGGAGACGUUGCUUAUUAUGACGACGACGGCUGUUUUUAUAUAACUGGAAGGAUUAAAGAACUUAUUAAAUAUAAAUCUUGGCAGGUGGCUCCGGUCGAGCUGGAGCAAAUUUUAAUGAAAUUCAAAGGGAUUAAGGAGGUGGCUGUGGUUGGUAAACCUGAUUCGCGCUUCGGGGAAUUACCGACUGCCGCCGUUGUGAAGCACGACGGUGUCGAAGUUAGCGAAAAUGAAAUCUGUGACUACUUGGCACAGUUUGUUAGCGAAGAGAAGCGUUUACAUGGAGGGGUGCAAUUUGUUGACGAAAUCCCCAAAAAUAAUUUGGGAAAAAUUAAGCGCCAGGAAUUGAUAAAACAAUUAUUUAAUGAAUAG